CCCACGGCCAAUGCCUGCGCUCGCCCCCUGUCUGUUUGGACCACGCGCCGCGCCUUCCCCCUGGCCAUUCGCGCCGGCACUUUGGCGCGCUUCUUUUGCCCCCUUCCCGCUUUUAGAUUAGUGCUUUUUUACACCAAUUUCAAACCGGGUAGCUUGCCCGGGGC